AAGAAGAAGAAGAAGAAGAAGAAGAAGAAGAAGAAGAAGAAGAAGAAGAAGAAGAAGAAGAAGAAGAAGAAGAAGAAGGAAGAAGAAGAAGGAAGAAGAAGAUGGAAGGACGACGGUUGGUAGAGUGACGACAUUUUAGUAUAAGUUUUGGUCGAAGGGUGGCGGUGGUGAUGUAGUUGAACCACCGUCGACGAAACUACCCUCAGUCUGAAAGACACCGCGGAGCUUUGCGGACACGCGCGCGCUCCCCCGCCUCCCCUUUCUCGUGUGUGUGUAUGUGCCGUGUGCGCGCGCGUGCGUGCGUGUGGUGCGUGCGUAACAGGCUCUCACUACAAGGGAAGAAAACGAAAGGAAGAAAGGGAAAUGAAAAAAGAGAGAUAGGAUUGUUACUGAGAAUAAGACAUCCGAUGACAGUGGGUAGAUCUAACGCGUAUAUUUUUAUUCGCGAGAAAACCUAACGAAAAAAAUUUUUAUCUUCGUGGAAAGGAGAACAAAGAGAAUAGAUACGACGUUUAUCGUGGCCUCUACAUUGAGACAGAAAGAAAUAGAAAAGGAGAGAGAGAGAGAGAGAGGGAGAGGGCAAAAAGAGGGUCAGAGUCAGCGAUCUCUUUUGAUCAUUUGCCAGGAACUCUUCCGAGUGACAUAACGCGCGAGCAUAGCAAAGAAAUCACACCUUCGUACUCGAACCUUCUUCGAUAAUUUCUUUAUAAACGAGAGAGAGAGAGAGAGAGAGAGAGAGAAAGAGAGAGAGAGAGAGAGAGAGAGAGAGAGAGAGAGUGAAAUAGAAAUACAUAGAAUAAUACGAAGAAUGAACGGUGAAAAAAGAAAGAAGGACAAAUUAUAUCGGUGAGAUACUUUUCUCUCACUAUGUCGUCAUUUUUCUUUUCUUCCUUUUUAAAAAUUUUUUAGUUAAUUCUUCAAACACCUGUCUCUCUUCUGCUCUUUGUUGUCCAAUGAACAACCAUCAUUACCAGGAUCGAACGUGUCUACACGCGAUCGCGUAACCGCGUGGAAUUGGCUAUUAAAUUCGCGCGAUUGAAUCGAGCGUGACGAUUGGUUGUUAUUCGUUAAUCGUCGUCAUUGUCAUUGGUGCGUUUUCUCUUCCGACUAAGUAUUAAUCACUUUUGACGUGAUCGUAUGUAGUACGCAGUACAAGAAGAAAAAUAAAAAGAAGUAAGAAGAAUUUCUUCAUCGGUUUUUCUUAUUGAAACGAUCAAUUUCAUCGAAAUCAAAAAGAAGAUCGACAAUCUUUUUAUCAUCGAACGGAUGGACUUGGAAAAAUCGAAGAAGAACGGAGGACGAUGUGAACAAUGAUGACGAUUAGUGCUCGUCGAUGCUGAAGUAGCUAUGAAGUACUGAAGUAGAGUCUUCUACUCGAGCUAGCGGAUGAAGAGAGUCGCGAAGUGAAGAUGAGAGUUCGUAAAAGUUGAAGGAGGAAGGAAAACCUACACAACGAACAGCAACAACCUGCCUCGUCCAUUGCGACCAGCCACAUAUCUCACGUUAAGAUGACAUAGAAUGGGUUGGGUGGUGCUAGGGCGGUGUGCGGGUGGUGGCGGCCGCCUCUCGUCCAUCCUCUCGCUGUCUCUCACCUCCCUUGCAAGUUCCCUCAUCUUUACCAUCCUCUGUAUCCUCACACUCGCCCUCACUCUUGCCAGUCUCGUGCGUGCCGAGAAUAACAUCUUCGAGGAGGGCAAAUCGGACAAGGAGAUUCUGGACGAUCUGCUGCAGACGGCGCGUUACGACAAGCGGCUUCUGCCCCCGGUCCAAGAUGCGGAUUUCUGCUGCGGAAUGCAAUGGCCUGGUGACACCACCGGCCUGUCAAACCGGUCGUCGACCUUCUCUAACGACCCCAAGAACCAGAACAAGAACCAGAACAAUAUCCACUACACGCCGCACCAACACCUUCGCACUCACCUUCGCGGAACCUUGACCGUCAACGUGAGCGUGUUGCUGCUGAGCCUGGCCUCACCCGACGAAUCCAGUCUGAAAUACGAAGUGGAGUUUUUGCUGCAGCAACAGUGGUUCGAUCCGCGGUUGCGUUAUAGCAACAGAUCGCGAUACGAAUUCCUUAACGCGAUUCACCAUUACGACAAAAUCUGGCUGCCGGAUACGUAUUUUAUAAUGCACGGCGAUUUUAAGGAUCCCCUUAUACCGGUUCAUUUCGCUCUGCGAAUAUACCGCAAUGGCACCGUCAACUAUCUUAUGCGGCGUCAUCUAAUCCUAUCCUGCCAGGGUAGACUCAAUAUCUUCCCAUUCGACGACCCACUGUGUUCAUUCGCUAUCGAGAGCAUAUCGUACGAGCAGACGGCAAUCACGUACGUCUGGAAGAACGACGAGGGUACGUUACGAAAAAGUCCGAGCCUGACGUCAUUGAACGCUUACCUCAUUAAGAACCAGACAAUCACGUGUCCGAUUAAAGUAAGCUGGCGAGCUGAAGGACAAAUCAUCGACUACGAGGACGAGUUCGAUGAGUUCGGGGACUCUAAGUGUUCGCUGUGCCAGCGCAGGUUUGAGGAGCAAGGUAAAUUCCUCCUUUCCCCCCUUUCCGAGCCUCUUCCAAUCGUUCGUGUGUUUCGGCUUCCAGCGGUGCUCAGCAGGAUAGGAAUUAUAUUGGCCAGCCCCUUGAAGCGAGAGGGUGGACCUCCAACUGGUGGUGGAACGGGACCGAACGAGAUCGUUACUUGUACCAAUUGUGGCCCAAAUCCUUGCACGCACACGGCCACCAACGGAUGCACAGCUGAGAUACGAAAGAAAGAACCACCGCAUCCUAUCAGAGUUGCUAAAACGAUCGAUGUUAUAGCGAGGAUUACCUUCCCAGUCGCCUACUUCAUGUUCCUUACGUUCUUCUUCAUCCAUUACAAGGGCAGCUCGUAGAGCAGCAUUGAUGAAUGGACAUACACGAUCAAUUGACGACGAAGGAUCGAAGUGAUCGAUGGAAUUCUUCGAUCGUUAAUAAA